AUGAUUGAGGCGAUCAAAGAGUUCCAGGUGGGCCAGCCUGGCUACGAGGGAUACCUGAACGACCGAGUCGCAGCCUUGCCUGAGCUUCUUCGAGAUGCCGGCUACUUCACGCUCAUGUCGGGCAAAUGGCACCUCGGCCUGACACCGGACCGCUAUCCAUCCCAGAGAGGGUUCGACCGGUCAUUCAGCCUGCUUCCCGGUGGCGCGAAUCAUUACGGGUGGGAACCACAGGUCCAGGAAAAAGUGCCAGAUUUACUGGAGCGCAAUGGCCCCUUUUACGCCGAAGGCGACAAGCCAGUCCCAGUCGCCGACUUGGGUCUAGACUUUUACUCGUCCGAGUCCUUCACGUCGAAACUGUUACAAUAUUUUAAGGAGAGAGACGAGGAUCAAGCGCAGAAGCCUUUCUUCGCAUAUCUGCCUUACUCGGCGCCUCAUUGGCCCUUGCAAGCCCCGGAGGCGGACCGCCGAGAUUAUCGAGGCGUCUACGACCAAGGGCCCGACGUGCUCAGACAGAAGCGCCUCCGACGUCUGGAGGAACUCGGCAUUAUCUCGCCCGAGACCCAGGCGCAUGAGGUCUUUGCUCUUCCCCUCGACAAGCCCCUGAGCAAAGAAUGGCGCAGCUUGACCGACGACGAGAAGAAAUUCUCCUCUCGGACCAUGGAGGUCUUCGCCGCCAUGGUGCAGAACAUGGACCGCAACAUUGGACGGGUCAUUUCCUAUCUCAAAUCAACUGGCGAGUACGACAACACCUUGGUCAUGUUCAUGUCCGACAACGGCGCCGAGGGUCUCCUGCUGGAGGCGUAUCCCGUGGUCAAGGAGAACAUCUUCGACCACAUCGAUCGGUACUACGACAACAGCUACGAGAACAUGGGCCGGUACAACAGCUACAUCUGGUACGGGCCUCGCUGGGCCUCUGCCGCGAUGGCCCCCCUGAGACUCUACAAGUCCUUCUCGUCUGAAGGGGGAAUCCGGGUGCCGUUCAUUCUGAGGUAUCCGCCAUUGACGUCGUCACGGGCUGGGACACUUGAUCGAUCCUUUGCAACCGUCAUGGACAUUACCCCGACACUCUUACAACUAGCAGGCACUCAACAUCCGGGAACCACGUAUAAAGGCCGUUCCGUCGUUCCUAUGCGGGGCACAUCUUGGAUUCCAUACCUGUCCGACCCUGUGAAGCAACAGCACAUCCAUGGCGACGACUCGGUGAUGGGAUGGGAGCUGUUCGACCGGCAGGCUCUCCGGAAAGGGAAAUGGAAAGCCGUCUUGAUCCCCAAGCCCUUUGGACCGGGAAGAUGGCAGCUGUACAAUCUGGAGAGAGAUCCCGGCGAGACAGACGAUCUGGGCACGAGGCACCCUGACAAGCUGCAGGAGCUGCUCAAGCAUUGGGACGAAUAUUGCAAGGAGGUCGGCGUUGCCGGCGCGGCGCCGCAGUAUGGAGUGCUGAAGGUUGACGAGGGUAGAGAUGCUCAUUAG